AAGAAAAAAACUCGGUAUGCAAGAAUGCAUAUGGUUGAAGUUCCAGCACACACAUUAGCAUAAAUGUCCAUUUUUCUUAGUCCAAGCACCCCUAUUGACAGCAACCAUUUUUGUUGCAGAGAGAAAAUUCAGCAGGUACGGUAGAGCUGUUAUUUUCCAAAACCCUCAAAUGCUUAAGUUCUUCACAGCUUUUGCGUGCAAUCUGGGGAAAUUUCUUCCAACCUAAGAACUGCCCAGAAUUUUAUUUUCAACCAUGUGUACAGGGAAGCCAAUGCCAAGUUAUGGGAUGUCUAUUGAUUCAUACAGAUAUUAGAAUGUUUUUAUGUUGUCUCUGAUUUCCUUGUAUUACCUACCCUUCUAGCUGAUAGUUCUGCUGUGUUUUUUGGUUCUAUCGUGUUGAGCAUCAUGGAGGUGAGAGAAGAUUUCAUGGAUGAAUCAACGUUGAGCAUGAUGGAGGUGAGGGAAGAUUUCAUGGUUUCACCUAUUGGUGACAGUGAACCAUCUUUGAGAACUGCCUAUUUUCUGAAACCCCUUGCAAAGUCCCUUGAUGGAUCAGUUUCUGAGGUUCUAUCAUCUUCCAAGACUAUGCAACUGCCACCUGUGUUUGAACCAAAGGAGUGGCCUUUGGUGGUCCAUUUCAAAGGGUGGCCCAAGCUAAAGCGGAAAUGGGUUGAAUGGGUGGAUGCACUUCAAGUAAGAUAUGGAUCAGUGUGGAAGAAAGUUGGUAUCUUUGAUGCCAUAAUGAGUACCAAGUGUUCCAUAGUGAAAGACGAAAACUUGUGUUUUGGGGUUGCUGAGAAGUGGUGUCCUAAGACAAAUACCUUCUUGUUUCCAUGGGGGGAGGCAACAAUCACCUUGGAAGAUGUGAUGGUGUUGGGGGCUUACCCUCUUGUUGGUGAUCCUAUCUUCACUCCACUUCAAAGCCAGGAAAUGAUAGAGGUGGAGAAGAAAUUGAUUCAUGCAAGACAGCAACCCUUGAGGAAGAACGGAGCUAAGGUUACGACAUCAUUAUGGAUGAAUCUUUUUCUCAAUAGUGGGAGUGAAAUUGAGCAUGAAGCAUUCCUUGCAACUUGGUUGACAAUGGUUGGUUUUUCUCACAAUGGCUUGAUGAGUAAGUUUGUUUUCCCCAUUGCUAUUCAUCUUGCUAGAGGGAAUUCCAUUGCUUUGGGACCAGCAGUUUUAGCCAGCAUAUAUAAGGAUUUGAGUCUGUUAAAGAAAACAAUAGUAGAUUUCACUAAUGAUAAAUUGGAAUUGGAGGUUACUCUUCUGUCACCCUUUUACCUGGUCCAAAUUUGGGUGUGGGAGAGGUUCAUGAAUUUGCAACCACAGCCCAUGUUGAUAAACCAAGAAGACCCUAUGUUGUUUAGGUGGCACAAGGUUAAUACCUUGAAAAUUGACAAUGUGAGAUUGGCACUGGACUCGGCUAUGGAGCAUUUCCGUUGGCGCCCUUAUGUUCAAUAUGCUGGUAAGUUCAAGGUGUUUUAUCCAGAAAAUGAAACUUUGGUACUAAUUGAUACAAAUUUGGAUAAAGAACCUACGGGACUACUAGUGUCUUUUGUUACAUGCUUGAGAGUUUCUGUGCUUGUUGGAAUUCAGUCUACUAUAAAGAAGUAUCUGCCACAUAGAGUUGCUAUGCAAUUUGGAAUGGAUCAAGAUGUUCCUGGUCGUGUGCCUACAUUUCAUGGGACUGAAGCCAUUGCAUGGAAAAAUUACUGCAGGACCAUAUCUGAUAGGAGUUUGUAUUUUCCUGCUAGGCUUUUUGAGGGAGAUGUUACCACACGUUAUGCAAUGUGGUGGAAGCAAUCAGUACUAUGUCGUCAUCAUGAUUUUGCAAAGAAUAUUGUGCAGCGAAAGAGAAGUCUGAGGCCUCCUCCUCAUGGGCCACAUGUAUUGAAAGCAAAUAAAAAGGGUUAUGAUGCUGAUGUUCCACCUGGUUUUUCUCAUUUGAAAACUGCUCCAUCUGGAAAUUCUGGUGAAGACAACGGUGAGCCAUUGAUGGGGGGUCUGGAGGAAGAUUUUGGGGAUGCAAAUGGGAGAAAAGAAUCAAGGCUGUCUAGUGAAAGCUGUAGCUGUGCAUCUGGAAUAAAAGUGAAGUAUCUUGAACAGAGAAUCAACAGACUGGAGACAGUGAUUAAAAAAUUAAAAAUAGAAAAAUUUGGUCAUAGUUGACAAAAUUAUUAGUUUAUCAUACUAAAUCCUUACCACUAGUUAACGCUUGUUUCUUAUAGUAAAAAAAUUACAUGACAUGUCAGAAAAACAAAUACAACUUGAUCUUGUGAGCUUGGUACUGGUUUAUUGUCUUGGUUUCACUGCAUUACUCAGCAACAUGUUUAUCAAUUGGUAGCUAAUUUGUUGAAUACUGCUUGCUGUUUGUAUCUUUGCUUAUGGAGGUAAAACGAAUGCUAGCAACACUUCCUUCAACAACUUUUUAUCAGACUGAAAUUUAGGUGAGACACUCUAAGUAUGUGUUUGUGUACACGUUUGGUUGUUUGAAACUUGGAUUUGUAAUUUUAACUAAAGUUGAUCCAAUUUUAAGUUAAUGUGGUUUUGCGUUUACUGCCAAACUUAAUUCUGGUAGGAAGAAGUUCAUUGCUUAUGCAAUGAGUUGGUUCAAUUUAAUGCUUCUGGACUGUAAUUUUUCUUCCUGUUCUCAUUUUCUCCUCCUUUUUCAUGUUUUGCAUGAUGUCCAUUGGAGGUUCAUAUCUGACUUGGAUUGAUUUUCUCCUCCUUGCUGACAUUGGUUCUUGCAUUUUCGCCAAUACUAAGGCUUUUCCCUUUGCCUUCUCUC